AUGUUUGCACAGCUCGGGGAUGAACCCGCGACCAAUACUCCAUUCAUCGAGUCAUGUCACGAAAGCGACAGCCAGUGCAACCUCCGUUCCGCCACCAACGCGCUCCCCUGGAUAGCGGGCGGCGUCCCAGCGCUGGGCAUCAGUGCUCUCGACCCCAUGCACCUGGGCCGCGUGCGGACCAACAACGCUGGGCUUAGCAUGGAGUUCAGGGAUACCACCAUCAAAGGACUGAAGAACAGUCAGAUUACUAAGAUUGUUCGGCACGGAAGGCACCUGCAGCUGGAGUUGAAAUGCUCUUUGGAGAUGCGCGGCGACUACACCAUGUCGGGCCGCCUGCUCGUCAUGCCCAUCGAAGGCGAUGGGAAGUACCGGAUCAAGAUACGCGACAUGGUGGUGGACUUGAAGAUCGACUUCAGCGAGAGGCGCGCGGGCGGCGACUCCUUCUGGAGCGUGCAGCACUGGAACCAGACCUCCAGGGUCGAGACCGGAGCCAGCUUCCGCUUCCAGAACCUGUUCAAGGGGAAUAAGAAGCUUUCGGACGGCAUCCACGAGUUUGCCAACAACAACUGGCGGGAGAUCUUCUCGGAGGUGGCGCCGCCGAUGGUACAGAAGACCGUCGGCCAGAUCGUCCAGGAGGUCGCCAAGCUCUUCAGCAAAGUUCCUCUUAAAGACCUCAUUAAGAACUAGGGUUAAAAUGUACCUGAGACG